AUGGCAGGAAACUGGACUACCAAGCACACAAACUAUAAACGGGAAGACUCAAGCCAAGAUUCAGGCCCGGAACUUCAGAACUGUGGGACCGCAUCAAACAUUCGACAAAAAAAGAAACUUAUAAAGAGAGCGAGUCACAUCUCCUCAAGCGAACGGUCGGAAGCCUUGCAGAGCACAGCCAAACGGAAACGCAAGAAACGCGGCCCGAAGAAAGGAUUCAAAACUGAAGCGGUAUAUUGUAAGCAAGAGGAGAAAUAUGACCAUGAGAAAGGCAAAGGUGAGCGGAGGAGGUCCAAGGGAGGGAGCAUUUCAUGUGGCCUUGGAUCAGAUGGCAACCAAACACCUGAUCUGCAAAAGAGGAAGUCCAUCACCAAGGGAUACAACAAAACUGAAGCGGUAUAUUGUAAGCAAGAGGAGAAAUACGACCAUGAGAAAGGCAAAGGUGAGCGGAGGAGGUCCAAGGGAGGGAGCAUUUCAUGUGGCCUUGGAUCAGAUGGCAACCAAACACCUGAUCUGCAAAAGAGGAAGUCCAUCACCAGGGGAUACAACAAAGUCACCCCGUGCAGCGCCAUCUACACACAGCCAGACCAGGCACGCCGAAAGGAGACUAUUGAGAGGAUUAUGAAUGGGAAACUGGACAUUGAAGGCUUCUGUUUGUGUUGCGGGAGUGACGAGGUGGAGAUUUUCCACCCUCUCUUCAAAGGAGGUCUCUGCUUAAAAUGCAAAGACAACUUCACAGAGACCUUGUAUCGCUAUGAUGAAGACGGCUAUCAGUCCUACUGCACCAUCUGCUGCUACGGCCUAGAGGUCAUCCUAUGUGGAAAUGACGGCUGCUGCAGGUCCUACUGUAAUGACUGUCUCAACAUCCUGGCAGGCCACGGGACUUUUGACUCGCUCAAGGAUCUGGACCCGUGGAUCUGCUACCUGUGUCAAGACCACCAAGACCACCGCGCUCUCAUCCCCAGAGAGGACUGGAGCAUUCGUGUACAGCAGUAUUUUGCGAACAACAGUGGAAUGGAGUUUGAGCCUCACCGUGUUUACCCAUCCAUCCCCACUAAUCUACGAAGACCUAUCCGAGUUCUCUCACUUUUUGACGGCAUUGCAACAGGAUACCAAGUACUGAAGGACCUUGGCUUUAAAAUCCAAAGGUACAUCGCCUCUGAGAUUUGUGAGGAUUCCAUCGCAGUAGGGGUCAUCAACCACGAUGGGAAGAUAAUCCAUGUUGGCGACACUCGCUGCAUCACCAAGGAACUAGUGGAGGAGUGGGGUCCUUUUGACCUACUUAUUGGUGGAAGCCCCUGCAAUGACCUGUCCAUUGUUAAUCCUAUCAGAAAAGGACUCUACGAGGGUUCAGGCAGGCUCUUCUUCGACUUCUACCGCAUUCUACAGUUGCUCAAACCCAGAGAGGAAGAUCACCGGCCAUUCUUCUGGCUGUUUGAAAACGUUGUCUUCAUGAACAUACACGACAAAGUUAACAUAUGCCGCUUCCUCGAGUGCAACCCAGUUCUGGUGGAUGCCGUCAAAGUGAGCCCCGCCCACAGAGCGCGAUACUUCUGGGGGAACAUCCCAGGAAUGAGCAGGCCCAUCACAGCUUCCCAGAGUGACAAGUUGAGUCUGCAGGACUGUUUGGAGCUCGGCAGGGAAGCCAGGGUCACUAAAGUGAGAACCAUAACCACAAACCCAAACUCACUGAAGCAGGGCAAAAAUGUCUCGCUACUUCCAGUCCUUCACCGGGGAAAAGAAGACAACCUCUGGAUCACGGAACUUGAAAAGAUCUUUGGCUUUCCGAAACAUUACACAGAUGUGAGGAACAUGAACCGUCAGCAAAGGCAGAAGGUUCUGGGCAAGGCGUGGAGCAUUCCCGUCAUUCGGCACCUCUUCGCCCCUCUCAAAGACUAUUUUGCCUGCGAGGAGCUCCCCACUGUCAGCAUGUCCUGCCCGGCUGCUGCCUCAAACACUCCUCUGUAG